AUGUCUGGAUCAGGAUUCUCUAUCUACGUCGGAAACGCUCCAUACCAGACCACCGAGCAGGAGAUGGGAGACUUCUUCAGCUCCGUUGGAACCGUCACCAACGUCAGAAUCGUCCUUGACCGCGAAACUGGACGUCCAAGAGGAUUCGCCUUCGUCGAGUUCUCCGAGCAGCAAUCCGCUGAAAGAGCCGUCAACGAGCUCAACGGAGCCGACUUCAACGGAAGACAACUCCGCGUCAACAUCGCCAGCAGAUAG